AUGAUAAUUGAUGCAACAAUCUUGUAUCUCGCCCAAAUAGUGGAUGCCCAGCAGAAAAAUCCAACAGCAAUUGGGAUUAGAAAGGAAGGAAAGCAACCGACCACCACACGGCACGACUUGACACGAACACAUUUCAUUGCUUUCACACCCCCCGGUGCCCCGGUGGCCCCCCAUCCCUCGUUCCCUGCCACGCAUUUCGUCCCUCCCGUCCCUGGCCACAAGCAACGGAGCUACCUCUCUUUCCCUCUCCAGUUCGUCCCCAACAAAAACGGAACCGAGGCCAGACAGACAGCACACAGCAUACCAUACACGGGCCAUUGGAACUUGUCAACCGUUCCUCUGAGUGUAUUCAUCCAAUACCGAGGCAACAUCACCCAAGCUGCUCUCAUAGUCCCUCUUCUCUUCCCUAGCAGCAGCAGCACAAUAAUACCAGCCGCUAUGGCUUCUACCACUUCGUCUGCGCCGGCCGGCCAGAACCCCGUUCUCCGCCGCACCGUCACCAGCAACACCGCCGAGACCGACGCUUCGGUUCCUUCUACUGCCAUGGCUUCGCCCGUGGAUUCGCCCCGUCCUUCUGCUUCGUCGACGUCCUUGUCGUCUAUGGCUUCUGACGAUGCCGUCCUCGAAAAGAAGGCCAACUACACCAAGCUGUACGACACCUACGGCAACGAGUUCACCCCUCCCGAUUUCACCAUCAAGGACAUCCACAACGCUAUCCCCAAGCACUGCUUCGAGCGUUCUGCUCUCAAGGGAUACGCCUAUAUCGCCCGCGAUAUCCUCUGCCUCACCACCACCUUCUUGAUCUUCCACAACUUCGCUACCCCCGAGUACGUGCCUUCCAAGGCUGCUCGUGUCGUUCUCUGGGCCGUCUACACCAUUCUCCAGGGUCUCUUCGGAACCGGUCUUUGGGUCAUUGCCCACGAGUGCGGUCACCAAGCCUUCUCUCCCUCCAAGACCAUCAACCACGCCACCGGCUGGGUUCUUCACUCGGCUCUGCUCGUUCCCUACUUCAGCUGGCAGAUCUCCCACAGCAAGCACCACAAGGCCACUGGCCAUAUGGAGCGUGACAUGGUUUUCGUGCCCCGCACUCGCGAGCAGCAGGCCACCCGUGCUGGCCGCUUGGCCCACGAAGUCGGCGAGCUGGCUGAGGAGACCCCCAUCUACACCCUCCUGAUGCUUAUCGCCCAGCAGCUCGUUGGCUGGCCCAACUACCUUAUGACCAACGUCACCGGCCACAACUUCCACGAGCGCCAGCGUGAGGGCCGCGGCAAGGGCAAGCACAACGGUGCCGGCGGUGGUGUCAACCACUUCGACCCCAGCAGUCCCAUCUUCGAGGCCAAGGACGCCAAGCUCAUCAUCGCUUCUGACAUUGGUGUCGGCAUCACCAUGACCGUUCUCGCUCUCCUCGGCAACAAGUUCGGCUGGUCCAACCUUCUGGUCUGGUACUUCAUUCCUUACCUCUGGGUUAACCACUGGCUCGUCGCCAUCACCUUCCUCCAGCAUACCGACCCUACUCUUCCUCACUACACCGCUGGUGAGUGGAACUUCGUCCGUGGCGCCGCUGCCACCAUCGACCGCGAGAUGGGUUUCAUCGGACGCCACCUCCUCCACGGCAUUAUCGAGACCCACGUCCUUCAUCACUACAUCAGCACCAUUCCUUUCUACAACGCCGACGAGGCCUCUGACGCCAUCAAGCCCGUUAUGGGCAAGCACUACCGUGCUGACGUCAAGGAUGGCCCGGUUGGCUUCAUCAAGGCCUUGUACAAGUCUGCGCGUAUGUGCCAGUGGGUUGAGCCCAGUGCUGAUGCCCAGGGCGAGGGCAAGGGUGUCUUGUUCUUCCGCAACCACAACGGUCUCGGUACCGCGCCUAUCAAGGGUGCGUGUAGGAUUUUGGUGAUUCGUAUCGCCGAGUGCUUCUGGCUCUGGGCCAUGCCGUCGAGUCUCCGUUUAAUGUGCGAUCUUCGAGGACGCCGUGGUAAUGUCGAAUCGAGCACGGGAGCUCAGGGUGGCCUGGAGACGAAUGAUAGCUUCCGAGCAUUCCGAUCACACCGCCACCUCUUGACAAGCGUGUCCAACGUGAUGAGCAUGGCAGCCGCAUUCAGCGCCAUCAACCGGGAGAAGGUCUAA